CAUCGCACACACACAACAAACAUGAGCAAUAUAUUGCUCAUCAUUCCAUUGUCUCUAAUGAGGCUUAUCUUCAUUAUUUUUUUUUUUUUAAGACCAUUAUUUUUAUUGGUCUCAAUGAGAAUUGUCUCAAUGAUUAAUUUUAACACCAAACAACAGUGUUUUCUCCAUCAGAUUUCUUUAUUUCAACUUCGUUAUUAUUAUUACUCAAUACAACUCAUUAAAGAAUCGGCCAUCGGGAAUCUAUCCAUUGAUUGAUUGAUUGAUUGACGGAAAUCCUUCACCAUUCGAGCUAAUGGAAGCGAUUAUUGAGAGCAUACAUUUUCUAUUGUUAUGGAUAUUCUUAUUAUGGCCAAAUCCGAUCAGCAUUUAUGGCUGUAGCUGUGGUAUCAAUAAUGAUCGUUUAAAGUUUUGUCCUAGUCAAUUCGAUAGAAAUCAAGAGUCAAAAAUUAUAGAUGAUGUAGACAUUUGUCUCAGUAAUAGCGUUAGUUCUAGAUUAUCAUCAUCAUUUGAUAUCGAUCAUCAGCAAAUGAUUCUUUUACCAUCGGGUGAUUUUUUCAUGGGAACCAAUGAUCCAAUAAUAUUAGCGGAUGCUGAAUCGCCUGAAAGAUUGAUGCAUGUUAAUAGUUUUUGGUUGGAUAAAUAUGAAGUUAGCAAUGAAAAAUUUGCAAAAUUUAUACAAAUGACCAAAUUUGUGACUGAUGCUGAACGUUUUGGAACAUCAUUUGUUUUGGAUCUAAUGUGUAGUGAACAAGUUUUGGCCAAUAUUACUCAAGCCGUUGCUCAGGCACAAUGGUGGCUACCAGUCAAUGGAGCAAAUUGGCGUCAUCCGGAAGGAAUCGAUUCCGACUUGAAUGAACGAAUGAAUCAUCCAGUAGUGCAUGUAUCAUGGAAUGAUGCCAAUGAAUAUUGCCGAUGGGCUGGUAAACGUUUACCUCGUGAAAUCGAAUGGGAAUACGCCUGUCGUGGCGGUCUCAAACGUCGAUUGUUUCCUUGGGGAAACAAAGAAAACCCGAAAGGCGAACAUUAUAUGAAUAUUUGGCAUGGGAAAUUUCCAAUCGAAAAUACAGGUGAUGAUGGCUUUCGCUGGACCUGUCCAGUCGAUCAAUUUCCUGAACAAAAUAGAUUUGGCUUCAAAAAUAUAAUUGGUAAUGUUUGGGAAUGGAAUGAUGAUUGGUGGACGACGAAUCAUUCCAUUCCCAAUGGAAUAAUCACCGAAAACAAAGUGAAAAAAGGAGGAUCAUUCAUGUGUCAUCGUUCAUAUUGUUAUCGUUAUCGUUGUGCUGCCAGAAGUUUCAAUACACCAGAUACUUCAGCAAGUAAUCUUGGAUUUCGUUGUGCUGCUGAUUAUGAUGAAAAAGCAUAAAACAUUUAUCAAAACAUGGACAUGGAUUGGAC